AUGGACACCUUCAUUCAACCCAUUGCCCUCAAUAUUUUGUCCCAUAGCCCUAACAUGAACCCCAAUUCCAAACUUCAUAGCAGUGGUCAUAUUAUCAUUACAUAUCUAUUGAUAAUGCUUCACCACCUAGUUUGCAUUUUCCCGUAUUAUAAACGUUAUCCCGCAAGGUCAAAGGGUUUUAUAUUUUACUGUCCAAAUUAUGGUACUCGAAUUGUUGAGACUAGUUGUGCAAAGUUUAUAGAGCAUGAGGAGAAUGCCAUUGGGAAUGAAGAUUUUGUUUUUGAAGAAGAAGGUGAUGUAGCUGUGAUUGAGAAUGCUGAGCAAGAUGUUACACCCUUGAUUCAUUUAAGUGAAAUUGUAUUGGAAAAUCCUCAGUUUGAAGAACUAGUUGAACCACAAGAACAAGCUGUUGAGAAUCCUGAGCUAGAUAAUCCACAAGAACCAGUACAAUUGAGGAGAUCUAAUAGACCAAGAAGAUCCACAACAAAUUCAGAUUAUGUGUACUUACAAGAAGCAAAUUUUGACAUUGGAGAUGAGGCUGAUCCAACAAGUUUUAUAAAAGCUAUGGAGAGUCAAAAUGCAGAAAAAUGGAGGGAAGCGAUGUUGAAUGAACACAAAAGCAUGAAGAAUAAUCAAGCUAGAUUGGUAGCCAAAGGAUUCACCCAAAGGGAGAGAAUUGACUACACUAAGACGUUUUCUCUAGUGUCCAUCAAAUAUUCUUUCCGCAUCAUUAUGGCUUUGGUGGCACAUUAUGACCUACUUUUGCAUAAGAUGGAUGUCAAAACUGCCUUCCUGAAUGGUGAACUCGAAGAAGAAAAUUAUAUGAGGCAACCUGAAGGGUUUGCAAAGGAGGGAAAAGAGCAUAUGGUUUGCAAACUUGGCAAGGUGAUUUAUGGGCUGAAGCAAGCAAGCAAGAGGUGGUAUUUCAAAUUUCACCAAAGUGUUUCAUCUUAUGGUUUUGAAGAGAACAUAGCCGAUUGUGUGUCUAUGAACUCGUAUCGAUGA